AUGGUGUCCCCAGUGUGGUCGAUGAUGAGGUUUCUCAUCAAGGGGAGUGUGGCUGGGGGAGUGGUCUACCUGGUGUACGACCAGGAGCUGCUGGGGCCCAGCAACAGGAGCCAGGAAGCCCUUCAGAGGGCGGAGGAGGUUGUCCCCCCUGCCAUGUACCAGUUCAGCCAGUACGUGUGUGAGCAGACGGGCCUGAAGAUACCCCAGCUCCCAGCCCCUCCAAAGUUUAACUUUCACAUCCGUGAGUCCUGGAAUUCAGGCAUCAUGACAGUGAUGUCGGCCCUGUCGGUGGCCCCUUCCAAGGCCUGUGAAUACACCAAGGAGGGCUGGGAAUACCUGAAGGAACGAAUCAAGUAG